AUGCCAUUUUUUAGCGAUCACGCAUAUACAUCAAUUACAAUCAAGAUCAAUCAAUUAGCUGAUCCAAAUAGGAAUGAUGAAAUUGACGAUUCAAUCGAAUUAUAUCUUUCUGAUUUAAUUGAAUUGAUCAAAAUUCAACAUAAUCCUGGUGCAGUUGAAGCUGCUCGAGCAAUUAGAAAGAAAAUUAAAUACGGAGAUACUAAAUAUGUUCAAUUGAGAGCAUUAAAGAUUUUAGAAUUAUUAGUAUUGAAUGGUGGACCUUCAAUUGGACCUAUAAUUGCUCGUGAUGAUAAAUUAUUAGAUGUUUUGAAAGGUAUAAUUACGGGCAAUGGUAGAACUGGAGAUGGUGUUCCAUACGAUAAAAGAGUACAAAAAAGAGUUGUCAAUAUGGCAAUUGGUUGGAAAACUGAAUUGGAAGAUUUGGAUGGUUAUAAAUACAUGCAAGGUUUAUACAGAAAUAUACCUAAAUCGAAGAGAGGUUCAAAUCAUCCGUCACGUCGUAAUCGUGGAAAUGAUGAUUUUGAAGAUGAUGAUUUCAAUGAUGAAGAACCAUCUGAUCCAUAUGGAGAUCAAGAUAAUUAUAAUGGGAAUAGGUUGCGUAGUGAUUCAAAUUCUCCUCCAAACAGAAGAAGCCCUCCACCACCUCGACCAAAAUCCAGAUCACCAUAUGUGGGUAAGAAUGAAAAUAAAGACGACAAGAAGAAUAAAAAGAAGAAAAAGAAGAAGAAGGGUGUCAUUUAUGCUGAUGAAGAAUUUGAAAUCCCACAAAUUAAUUACAAGGUUGAGGCACCAAAGAUAAGAGAACUAAUAGCUAAUUGUUAUACUCAUACAACCACUUUAAAUAACUUGUUGUUACAAUUACCUGCUGAUGAAUCACCAUUGGAUAAUGACAAAGUUUUGGAAGAGUUUGCCAAGUGUAAGAAGAUUAGAAGAAAAGUUUUGAAUUAUUUACAAUAUGUUGGUGCUGGUAUUGCCAGUGAGAAAUCAUCUGAAGUUGCCAAAUUGGAUGAAGAAUUUUUGGGUAGUUUAAUUGGAGCCAAUGAACAAUUAGUUGAAGCAUUUAAGAAAUUUGAUUUCAAGGCAGGAUACUCGAAAGAAAAUCCUGCUCCUAAUUAUGACGAAGAAGAAUCUGACAGUGGUGAAAGUUAUUAUACAACUGAUAGUGAAGAAGAUGAAGAAGAAGAAGAAGAAGAAGAAAUUUCAGAAAGAUUACAAAAUACCAGAAUACAACCAAAAUCCCCACCUCCACCAAGACCUUCAAAACCUGCAGGAUUAUCAAAUGCUUACUCAUCAAGACCAAAACUUGACAAGGUAGAAACCAGUGAUUCAAUUGAGGGCGAUCCAUUUGGCGAUAGAAAUGCCGUGACCAACAAUCAUUCUGUUUAUGAUUAG